UCAAGCUGUUAUCAAGUCGCAGAAGCCAAAGAGAAAUAUGAAAAUUGAAAUUUUCUUAGUGGUUACAUUGGCCAUUGUUGCAGGAGUAUUGGCCGAUACAAAAGUUCUACAUAAUGUGCACAUUGCAGAUGGCAAUUUAGUGCGCAAUGAAAAAAUCUCUGUUAACAAUGCCGAUACUCCAGAUGAAGAACUGGUCAUUGAUGGUUCCUACAGUCAUCGUUACGAACCAGUUCCUGGCCAAAAUACUCCCUACACUAUUGUUGUCAUCUAUGUGGCUGACAAAGAUGGUAAUCGUGUGAAAUAUACCAUACAGGUUGCUCCUCCAGUUUUAUCUCUUAAUCCAUCGACACUGAAAAGUCUAAGCGGUUAAGUGAAGCAGUAAAAUAGAAAUGGUUAACCACAAAAAAUAAGUUAAGAAAUCAACGAAUACAACAUAUUUAUAAAAGAUGA